CAGGGUUUUUUUUUUUCACCUUUUCCACAUUUUAUUAUUUUAAUGCAAAUUUUUGUAGAUUUUAUUUUUCUCAAUAAACCUGUGUUCUGACGAUUUGAGCAAUCCUGUCAAAUCGUGCUACCCUAGUGUAUAUUUAAACGUAAAUACCAGAAAAGGCACCAUAUUUGAAAAUACUCCCAGCAGAAGCCUCUGUAGGAUAUUUUCAAAUUCUAAUUCAAUAUAUCUGGGUACAGUUAGGGGAAUUGAGGUGAUUAUAAGCUUAUUUUGUAUUGUUCAUUGUCUUAUUAUUUCUUGUAUUAUUAACUGCCAUUUACACAUUUGUAAAACUCAAAACACAAAAAUGGUUUGCGCAUGCGCACUGGUGAUAAGAAGCACAUAUCGAUGGGUAUCACAACUCGGCAGAACACCGGCUCUGAUCUUGUUCACUGCUGUAUCUAAAUCUCAGUCCGGGUCUGGCGCCGCCUCGUGGUCGGUCUGAUUCCGCUCUACGCCAGAGAUUCAGAGCGCUGAGAACCGGAAGGCGGUCAGUGCAGCUGCUCGGUAGUCGCUCUGUUUGUUUGCGGGGAUCCGGGGUCACAGCGCUUCUACAGCGGGGAGCGGAGUUCCUCCCUCUGGCUGAAAUGUCGAAGAUGGAGUUGCUGAACUCCUAUCUGACCGAGCGGCUCUCCGCCGCUGUGCGGGAGAUUCUGGAGGCGGUGGAAGCCACAGUGACGGAGUACCGCAAGGAGAGCGAGCAGACCCGCAUCGAGAACCACGAACUCCGGGAGCAGCUGAGGGACGCGCUGGGCAGGGCCGAGGCAGCAGAGCGGGCUACAGCAGAAACAGUCCACAGUGCCCCUAAGUCUGCCGCGGAAGAAAUCGCUUCCUGUGAGCCACAGACGUGGAGCUCCAGCCUGGAGAAGCAAGAAGAACCUCAAGAGGAGCACGCAGACCAGAAUCGAGGCCAUGGAUGGACUGAAGGGUCAAUAAAUAAGGAGAGCCCAGUUUACAAAUCAGAACAUGAUUCUUUGAAAGAGGGAUCCCACUCAGAGUCACUAAUUUCUUCAGAUAAUCAAGAGCGCGAGUCUGAGGACUUGGAUGUGUCCUUGCCUGUUGUGAGACUGCACAGAGUAAAGAUUGAACCAGAAGACAUAGAGAUUCCAGUGACUUUACCAGACAUUGAUGAUGCUCCUUUACACCUGGUGCAUUCCUUCAGUCCUGAAACCUCUCAGAGGACGCUCAGUCCCAGCAGAGUCUGCCUGAAUGCCUCUCUCUCGGAUGCACAAAUGGCUGAAAUAGAAGAGCUUCACGCUGCAACUCGUCAAAUACCAACAGGUUCUGCUGAGAAAGUAACAAAUGACGUUCAUGGAAAUGCACAGUAUAGGUGUUCUCAUUGCAGAAAGACAUUCAGUGAUCUGAAAAGGCUACAGACUCAUCAGCAGGCUCAUGAACGAGCGUUCGGCUGCAACUGGUGUGGCAAGAGCUUUUACCAGUCAGCGGACCUCCGACGGCACCUGCGCACACACACGGGUGAGCGACCUUUCCGCUGCACAUGGUGCUCCAAGAGCUUCAGCCAGAGGAGCAACCUGCGCAGGCAUGUGCGCAUCCACACCGGAGAACGACCCUACCAAUGUACUCUUUGUACACGGAGCUUCAGCGACGGGCACACACUAAAGAAACACCAGCGCAAACAUUAUGAAGAGCGUUACUGCUGCUCACUCUGUGACCAGAGCUUUACAAUGGCCCGGUCACUACAGCUUCACCUGCUGAAGGCACACCUGAUAGAACAAAGACAGUAAAAACGAUAAACAGACAUUCAUAAAACACAUAUGGGAUAUGUACUGUAUAUCUGGAUAUGUAUAUGUUUGUCUGAUACCAAACUUGUAAAGGGACAAUUAUUAGGGGAGCGCUUGUAGAAGGAUCUACUAAGAGGGAUAUCAAGGGUCUUGGGAAGGUGCUCUAACACUGUAGGAAACCCAAAUUUCCACGUAUCCCUCAUAAAAAUGUGGACUGUCUAUUAUUUAUUUUAAGAUUUAAGUGGCAUCAUGCUGUCCUUAAUGUGAAUAAUAAAAUCUGACUGUAUGCAUUUUUAUCAAGAA